AUCCUCUCUCCGCCCAACCUUUUCCUUUAGCCUGGCCUGCCAUGUUAUGAUUAUAUUAUUAUAUAUUCUCCGGCCAGCCCCACUCGGCAUUCUCUACCUCUCUCUCUCAGCCACAUAAACGCAUUCAUUCUGGCUUUUACUCAAACGGGCGCACCAAAUUUGAAUUUGAAAAAGUGUUUUUGCGAGUUUUGGAGAGACGGAAAUGGAGUCUCCGGCGACCGGGGAAACGACGAGGAUCGCGGCGAGGACGUCCAUGAUGGAGUCGUUUAGGGGGUGCGGGCUGGCGGGGAUGCGGAUUGACAAGGAGGAGCUCCGGAGGACGCUCCUGAUGCCGCAGUACCUACGGCUCGCCAUGCGCGACUCCAUUCGACUCAAGGACCCCGCCGCCGGCGAGGCCCGGCUCAUCGAACGCGACCGAGACGUCGACGGCGAAGGCAAGAACGUGGAGCCGCCCCAGUCGCCGAUGGUUGUCUUCAUCAACCCGCUUAGCGGUGGCCGCCACGGCCCUAUGCUCAAGGAGAGGCUCCAGCAGUUGAUUGCCGAAGAACAGGUUUUUGACCUACAAGAUGUGAAGCCUAAUGAAUUUGUCCGAUAUGGAUUAAAAUGCCUAGAGAUGCUGGCAGAUCUUGGCGACUCUUGUGCCAGAGAGACUCGUGAAAAGAUGAGGGUUAUGGUUGCUGGAGGUGAUGGUACAGUUGGUUGGGUGCUAGGAAGUCUUGGAGAACUCAAGAAACAGGGUAGAGAGCCAUUUCCUCCUGUAGGAAUCCUUCCUCUUGGUACUGGGAAUGACCUAUCAAGAAGUUUUGGUUGGGGUGGUUCAUUUCCUUUUGCAUGGAAAUCAGCCGUCAAAAAAUCUCUCCACAAGGCUAGUACAGGUCCAAUCUGCCAUUUGGAUAGUUGGCAUAUUCGGCUGUCAAUGCCAGCUGGUGAAGUUGUUGAUCCACCUCACUCUCUGAAGCUUACAGAAGAGAGUGCUCUCGAUGAGGGUUUGGAAGUUGAGAGGCAGUUGCCUGAGAAAGCGACUUGCUAUGAAGGAGUCUUUUAUAAUUACUUUAGCAUUGGAAUGGACGCCCAAGUUGCUUAUGGCUUCCACCAUUUACGCAAUGAAAAACCUUACCUUGCACAAGGUCCAAUUACAAAUAAGCUGAUCUACUCUGGUUACAGUUGCACUCAAGGUUGGUUCUUCACACCUUGCUCCAGCACUCCAAGUUUAAGGGGCCUAAAGAACAUUUUAAGGAUGCAUGUGAAAAAGGUCAAUUGCUCAGAAUGGGAGCAGAUUCCAGUCCCCUCAAGUGUAAGGGCAAUAGUGGCUUUAAAUCUUCAUAACUAUGGAAGUGGAAGAAAUCCUUGGGGUAAUUUGAAGCCGGAGUAUUUGGAUAAGAGAGGCUUUGUUGAGGCUCAUGCUGAUGACGGCCUACUAGAAAUAUUUGGUUUAAAGCAAGGAUGGCACGCAUCAUUUGUUAUGGUUGAGCUCAUCUCUGCCAAACACAUUGCUCAGGCUGCAGCUAUUCGAUUGGAAAUUAGAGGUGGAGAGUGGACAGAUGCAUAUCUGCAGAUGGAUGGGGAACCAUGGAAACAGCCACUGAGCAAGGACUAUUCAACGUUUGUGGAAAUUAAAAAGGUUCCUUUUCAAUCAAUUAUGGUUACUGGAGAGUGAUAUCAGCGUCUAGGAUUUAUGUAAAGCAGGUGUAUUACCUGAUUACUUGUAAAGUACAAUUAUGUGCAUCAGUUACGAUGUAUUUGUUGUAUCAAAUCCAUUGUUAGUCAAAAUCUCAUAUAUAGGUGUUUUUUUUUUUUUUUUGUGAGGAGAGUAGCUUACUAUUUAGAAGGGGAGUGGCUGGCUACCAGGUUUAUUGGUGCUUCAAUGAAUAAUUCAGGAUCGGCAAAUAAGUGUUGAGGGGAUUGUUCUCUUGUAUAAUAAUUAUUUAGAACAUGGUGAUUAGUUUACGGCGUUCACUACCUGAAUGUGCUUUGUUGUUUUUUACUCACAUCUUUGAGUUGCAAUGACUCUUUUGAUGGAUUAGAUUGUGGCUCAAUGUGUCUUGGUUCCUGAGCCUUUAGUAUUUUCUUCUUUUAGGGGUGGAGCAUGUUGUUAGGGAUGAUGCCCUAAAGCUCAUUUCAUUUAUAUAAUAUUUUUGGUUUA